AAUACGUUUUGUGUAUUUUGACGUUUGGAACUUGAGAUUAUACAGGAGUGGCAGUCUUAUGUCGUCAAAUAUUGAGUAGGCAGUCUUCUGGGAUGCCACAACAAACAUGUGUUUCUCCACCCUUACAACCAUGUAGCAGUUUAGCCAGUGUGUGCCAGGUGGCUCUGGAAAAGUUGUUGCUGCAGGCAUUUUGUUUACUGGGCAAGCUGGAGGCCAAAUCAAAGCCUGUGCGCCACAUACGGGAGAAUGGGGUGGUAUCCUUCCUGUGCCAGAAAGAACGUGACAUACCACUUGCUGAAAUUCAGGCGUACCUGUCUUCCACAAUGCCUAUCAGCUACAGACAGGGAAUGGUCGACAACAUGCUUAAUACACUCGCAACUCCAAGAUUUGACAAGAACACAUUGAUUAGUAACAUUGAGUUUAAAUUUGAAAUUCUGAAUGCAGUUGUAGGUGCUUCCGAAAUGAAGCAGGUAUUAAAGAAGUUCUUUAAAUGUAUGUUGUUAGGAUAUGUGAAAAGUCUAGACCUUAGUGGCUUUUAUAAUUUUGGGAGUUGCUGGAUUGCCAAGACAAGGAGAAUCCUACAUACAUGGGAUAAAAUGUAUGGAGGAGGUGAAUAUAUCAAGGGCAUUGAGUCAGCCAAAGUAUGUACGGUUCAGCUAGAGUCAUUAUGGCAUGAUAUGGUGCAUGAAUACAAAACAGUAGCAAAUGCAUCUGCAGUUGAUUCAGCAAAGUAUUUCCACCAGUUGACAAGAAUCAACAUUGACCACAUUGCAAAUGGUGAACUUAUAUGGGCAAUAGGAUGCAACUGUCCUGUCUUACAAGAACUAAGUAUUUAUGUAGACACAUUAGACAGAAGCAAAUACUCAGCUCACUUUGAAGAAGAAUUUUUAGAUGGUUUAUCUGCAUUGUAUGGACAUAGAAAGUAUACUCAAACAUCUUAUAAAGGAAAACCAGUUGGAUGCCCUAAGAUUCGACGUAUAAUUAUGCCGACACUUCAGAUUCAGGAGAAAAUGGAGAAAUCUUGUGGCAAACUACUUUGUUACUUACACCAUCUUGAAGAAUUAAUAAAUGUUGGGACAACAGGUUCCAUUGUUGCUAUGUUUAAAGAGAAAGACUACAAUUUCAGGCCACUAUCACUCACUUAUGUGGAUGAUGCUCGAGCUCCAGAGACUUUAGAUGAAGUUUGCAGACAUUUUGGUGUUGAUGUAAAAAGAUUUUUACCCAACGUUACCAGUAUUAGACUGAGGAAGAAUCAUUGUGGAAUGAGACAGUUGGUAAAUUUUCCACUGUUAAAAAAAUUAGAACUAUUGACACUAGAAGAUUCCGAGCUAGAGUUCGGCAAUAACUUUACCCAAUUAACUCAUUUCAAAGGUAACUUCCGCUGGGAUGAGAAGAAACUGGCUGCCUUCUCUCAGAAAGCUCCUCGCCUGGAAACAAUAUUCUUCCUGAGUGGCUCCUUGUUUAAACAUAGGACCAAGAAGAUGAGAGAGAAAAUGUCUUUCCCCAAGGCACGUGUUGUUAAGUUUUACCAGCUGAAACACAUUGAUACUGAUCCUGUCAUAAACUUCUUGAAGAGCACCAGAGUCCUCACUCACUUAUUCUUUGAAGAUAAUGAGAAGAGAAUCAGAGAUGAAAAACCUCCUAUGUAUGAUGCAAUAAACGACAAAGUCAUUGCAUCCGUCGCACCUUCCUUGAAGAACUUGGUUUGUUUUCAUGCCCGCGUUCGAGGAUUCCGUGGGGUUUGUAAGUUUUCUUUGACAGAAAAGAGUGUCCAGAGUCUACUUGCCAGCUGCCCAGAUCUGGUUGAUUUGGGAAACUUAUUUCACUGGAAUAUUCCUUACCAACAUGUUCUGGCCCUCAAGAAACAGGCAAAGGAGGGGAACUGGAAGAUUGGUUUCACACCACCUGAUGAUGUGUAGAUUGAUAUGCAAGGAAAUCAUUGAAUUUUUAGACUAUAUUCUAACAAGAAUAGAAAAAAACAAAAAUAAUACAGCCCAUAUGAUUUCACUGAAUUAGCCCCAGGUUUCUCAAGUUGACUUGUCCCUAGUUCUUGAGCCAUCACUGGCUGCACAACCUUCCUUUUUUUUUUUACAUAAUUCAACUACAGGCUAAAGGCUGCUGUGCUGGCUUCAAAAUGUUCAUAUGGUAUAGCUGCAGAAUAAUGUUUAACAAAUUUAGUGAAUACUAUUGAGCAAAGAUCCUCAUUGCCUGUGAAAAUAUUAGGAGGAUUGGGGGUUCUACUUUCUAGGUUCCCAGCCAGAGACAGUUUGACCUGUGUCUAGCUUCAAAGAUUGAAAGCCCUUGUUGUGUAUGCUAUUGAAUGACAGAAAAGAUUAGCUAAUUUGCUGUGAAAAAUUGUAAGACAGAGAGGUGUUACGGGUAAUAAUGCAGCACCCACAGAGAAGCAUUUUUUAAAUUUCUUUUCUUCAUAAAUUCAGAUUUUUGGAAACGUUUUGCCAUCUAGAAAAUUGAUAAUAAAGCAAAACUGAAUUUUGUAUUCAUCAUUUAUUGAUAUUGUCUUAGGAUGGAUGGUGGUGAAUAGUUGAUGUAUGGCGAAGGAGUUGCUGCCCACAUGUAAAGUCUUGUAGGGAAGAAAAGAAAUACAUGUAUUUUACAAUUAUCCUGUAUACUAUGCUAUAAUUUCACAAAUAUCUAUAUUUAUGCAUUUAUAGAUGUUAUAUAUGUAAUUGCGUUUUGUAUGUGUGAAUGUCUAUGCAUUAUGCGUGCAUGAGUGAAUGAGAGUGAGAAUGACCGUGUGAGGGUGUGACUGUAAGGUUUUCCAUCAGACUACAAACUAACCUCACCUUCACUGAAUGUAAAUCGGCAGUAAAGCUAGAUAAUGCUUGAAUACAUGAUAUUGCAGGGUAUUCCAUGCCUAGACUAAACUAUGCUCAUUGAGGGCAAAACCAUAUCGCAGCACCUUUAUAUGAUGAGUUAAGAAAAGUCAUUAGUAAAGUGGAUCUUACCAACUUACCUCUGUUGAAAAUGAUGUUCUGUUAUAGAUAAACUUUAGCCUUUAUUUUUGGUGUGGUAGGCCCUUCAGUUCAUCAGUGCAUAUAACUGCAGUAGGCAAUGCAUUAUAUUUGUCCAUAUGAGAGAGACUGAAUUAAUAUUACAUUUUAGAGUCCCAUUAGUAUGUUUAAGUUUUUGAGCAGGAAAUGUGUUAACAGAAAAUAUAUAUAUGAUGGGCGGUCUCCCAGGAUAUCCCUAGCAUGAGCCACUAAUAGACUGCAUCGAGGAAGACUGUAAAACUAAAUUACGAUUAUAAAUCUAGUAUGAUUAGUUAUGGCGUGCUGUAACUUUAAUUCGAGCCAUGCUUUGGAUAUGCCGAAAAACAGUUGCCAGUGAGGGUUGCGAUAAAUGCUCCAAUCCAACCUGGAGGGGUUUAGGCAAUCUGUGAUAUUUAUGUAAUUAAUUACCUGGUGCAAUGUGACUUAUUGUCUAAUACAGAGGAAUAGCAAUAUAUAUUUUGUAAAGCAGAAGUUUGAAAUAGUUUUAAAUGUAAUUCAAAACUGAAUAUUUGAAAUUUGUUACACUGAUUUUUUUUCCUGUUUCUUUUUAUAGUAUUAAGGACUGGUUUUACCUUUCACAAUUGAAUAUUGAUUAAAUGUCUUGGACCAUUUAAUUACUUGUUGGGUGAUUUUAUGCUAAUUUAUUUUGUGUAAAAUAUUUAUUUAUAAAUUAUAGUUUGUUAAAGUACUUAAUCACUAAGUACAUUAAGAACUGCUAUUUAAUAGAAAAUUUGUUUCCUUUGGAUUCAGCGAGCUGUACAAACCAUGAAAUAAUAUCCAUUAAAGUUUAUUUUGGUUUGUGUAGUUUAUACAUAUAAUUUUAGUAUUAGUAGUUAUUUUUCACAGUGAUUAUAGUGUAAAAAUUCUAUGAAGAAGGAAAAGUUUUAUAUAUUUUUUACUGAUGUAACAUAAAGGAACAUUACUGUAAAUAGUGUGUGCUGUUUGGCUGUGAAAUUAUACAUAUAUCUUUAUGCUCAAAUGUUAAUGGUACUACAAGUUCCUACUGUUUUGCAAUUAUUUGGUCAUGAAAUGGAACAAAUAAAGCUUUUGAUAACUUUUUA